GAUCUCUGUACUCCUCUCCUCCUCCCUCCAGCCGGUCACUUUGCUCUCGAUCUGUCAGUGUGCUCUCUGGACUCUGCUCCCGGGACUUUGCGCUCCGCUCCCGGGACUUUGCGCUCCGCUCCCCGGACUUUGCGCUCCGCGGACUCUCGGCUCCGCUCCCCGGACUCUGCGCUCCGCUCCCCGGACACUCAGAUCCGCUCCCCGGCUGGAGCUCUAUGAAGAAGAUGGUGGCGGGGGGGACAUAGCUCUCCUCCAUCCCGGACCAUGUGCGCCCCUCUGCCCCUCCAGCAUUGAUCUCCUCUAUGGUGGGCACCGGAUAGGCACAGAGGGAUUAGCAGUCCUAGGAGUGAGUCAUGUGGAUGGCACUGCUGGUCGCGGCUUCCUUCCUGCUGGCGGCGGCCCGGGGGAAUGGGGAGUAUUGUCACGGUUGGACGGACUCUCAGGAUGUAUGGAGGGACGGCUACCAAUGUCCGGAGAGGUUCGAUGGGGAGGACGCCACCAUCUGCUGCGGGACCUGUGUACUGCGCUACUGCUGCUCCAGCGCCGAAGCCCGGCUGGAUCAGGGGGUGUGUAACAAUGACAGGCAGCAGGGGGCGCCAGACAACGGCAGGUCCGACAAGGAGAGCCCGGACUCCGCUGCAGUGCCCAUCUACGUACCAUUUCUAAUUGUUGGAUCCGUCUUUGUUGCCUUCAUCAUACUGGGGUCCCUAGUAGCCGUGUGUUGUUGCCGCUGUCUGCGGCCGAAGCAGGAGCCCCAGCAGAGCCGAGCGCCAGGUGGGAAUCGGCUCAUGGAGACAAUACCGAUGAUUUCCAGUGCCAGCACUUCACGAGGCUCUUCCUCACGCCAGUCCAGUACAGCCACCAGUUCUAGCUCCAGUGCCAACUCUGGUGCCAGGGCACCUCCCACUAGAUCACAAACCAACUGCUGCAUGCCAGAAGGAGCCAUGAAUAACGUCUAUGUAAAUAUGCCCACCAACUACUCAGUGUUGAACUGUCAACAAGCCACACAGCUUGUCCCUCACCAAGGCCAAUAUCUUCACCCCCAGUUUGUUGGCUACGCUGUACCUCAUGACUCUGUCCCCAUGACUUCUGUUCCAACUUAUAUGGACGGACUCCAAGGUGGCUACAGACCAAUGCAGUCACCAUAUCCUCCUCACACCAAUCCAGAACAGAUGAUGUACCCAGCAGUGACUGUUUAAGCUGAGUAUUAUUUAAUGGACUAAAAAUGAGGACUUUAUCAGGGUCUCUGCUUGGAGGCUAAGUGAGAACUACAGGAAACGGUGCAUUUUACAGGAAAACAAAGACUAUUGAAAUAAAAAGAGACUUCAAAUAGCUUUAUUGUAAAAUGCAUGGUGAAACAAAAAGCGACAAAAGGUUUUUACGAAUGUGCAUAGACCUUUUAUUUCCAGGUUGGAGUGGGAAUAUAUUUUUAACAUGCCUGAGCCAUUAAAGGGAAUCUGUCACAAAUGAGGAUACCUAUGUGGAAAGUCCCUGAUGAAAGCAUUCUCACAUACACUAACUCCAAUGGAAAGAAUCUGGACCUAUUCAAUGUGAGUGAAGAUAUAGUCCUGGAAGUAAUAUGGAAUACAGCAUUUAAAAAAAAAAGGCUUUCAUCUUGGGCUUCCCAUAUAAGUGUUGUUCUUUAUAAAAGAUGCUCUUUAAUCCACUUUUUGCUGGAUUUGGAAAUCCAGAUUCAGCAAAAACCUGGUUAAGGAUGUGAUUUACCAAAGAAGUAAUUUUUGGUCUGGUCCAGUGAAACAGUGUUGAUUUCAAACACCCGAGCAGCAUAUGGGAAAUCAUAUGCGGUAGUUUGAUAAGGCACAGAAAAACAUAUAAGAACAUAUUUUGGGGUGGUAUAGGGACAGAAGCACUAGCAGAAAUCCAUGCAAACAUGGGGAGAAAAUACACACACCCCAUGCAGACAGGAUUGUGAUGUUCAAACACCAGUCCAAUAAAUCAAGACAAUAGUACUUUUCAAAAAGUUUCCUCCAAAGCUAACUGGAAGCAAUGGGCCAGUGUAAAAAUUACUCCUUUAUUGAGCACACCCUUUGUAUUUUCUGCUAUAGCAGGUUGUAUUUUUUAUUGUGUAUUAAUUAUGGUGCAAACAAUCUAUAUUUAUCAUAGACAAUCAUGCAGACAAUCAAACACAGUGCAAUCAUUUAUGUAGGCCUAAUUAACAAGACAAUCCCUAAAGUGUAUGUAUAGCCAAAACUUUUUUUAGUUGUGGAUAUAGUAGGGAAGAGUUAAAACCUCUAUAAGGUUAUUUUUUGCUGUCUGUGUCCUACUCUCAGGUUUUCCUUCAAUUUUUGCCCUGGGGACACAAUAGGAAAUGCGAGUAUAUCUAACCAAACUAAAGAAAAUUCUCCAGUUGCCAUCAAAAACAUUUACCUUCAUAUCUUGCUCUGGUAUCAACUGUGAAAUGUUGGAUUUCCCAUCAAGUUCUGUCUGUAAUAAAAUGUCUACCAGGACAAAUACAGAAAAAACUUAAAGUGUAAACUUUAUUAGUACAUUUAUUUAGUCCUAUUCUCUUUUUGGUGUCCUUAUACAGGUAGGUGAGUUAGUGUUGUCCCUCUAGGACAGAAUACGUGUUACUGGCUGAAUCACAAGGUGCAAAUAAAAAAAAAAACAAGCUUGAAAAAAAGAAAAUAAAUGCAGCCACCACAUCUAAGGAAGGGUAAACUGCAUUGUAUUAAAUUUUUUGUUUUUGGGUUUAGAUAUGCUUUAACAUGGGAUUUAAUUCUUCCAUCCUUUGUACCAAUGCAAAAAAAAA